UAAGUAUCAGUCAUGCAGUGUUCCGUGGCUGGAGAAAUCUAGAGAAUAUAGCCAUACACCCUGGUUUAAAUGCUGAAGGCUUGAAAUGGUACCUGAGGCUUGCCCACACCUGGAAGGAUGCAGUAGGGGUCAAGGUAUGGGCCGGCCCAUUUCAAGCAAUUGUCGCCAUUUUCAACCACCUCUCUAUACGUGAUAUACUGAACACUGACACCACUGAGAAACCAAUGAUAAUUCCAGGCUAUGAAAUUGUAGUACCAUGGAUAGGUCAUGGUUUAUUGACUUCAAAUGGUCCAAAAUGGUUCAGGAACAGAAGACUUCUCACACCAGCAUUUCACUUUGGAGUCCUGAAACCCUAUGUUAAAAUAUAUAAUGAAGUUGCAACAAUCUUAUCGACAAACCUGAAUCGCAAUUGUGAUACUGGCAAGAGUUUUGAUGUGACUGAGUUGAUAGGCCUGGCCACAUUAGACUCUUUACUCAGAUGUCUUGUCUCUUAUGAGGAUGAUGCUAUUCAACAGACGAAAGGCAUUCACCCAUAUGUGUAUGCAUUGGAGGAACUGGGGAGAUUGUCCAUCAAAAGAGCAUUCAACAUAUUCCACUACAGUGACACAAUAUACAAUCUCAGUUCAGAUGGCAGAUUAUUCAGGAAAUAUUGUGACUAUGUCCAUCAGUUUGCUGAGGAUUUAAUCAAACAGAGAAGAGAUGCACAGAUGUUAGAAGCAUCAACUGAAGGUGAGUCCACCAAGAAACAUCUGGAUUUCCUGGACAUUAUGCUCUCAGCCAGAGAUGAUGAUAGCAAUGGACUCUCUGAUGAAGAAAUAAGACAUCAAGUUGACACAUUUUUAUUUGCAGGUCAUGACACAACCACAUCUGCUGUCUGUUGGACCCUACACAGUUUAGCUGGCAACCAAGUUUGGCAGGACAAAGUACGAGAGGAGGUCUCAAACAUUCUGGCAUCCACUGGCAGUGAUGAAAUUACUUGGGAAGAUGUAGGCAAGCUGACAACCUUGUCUCUUGUUGUGAAAGAGGUGCUACGAAUGCAUACACCUGCUGUGGCCAUAAGCAGGAUUGUCAAGGAGAAGAUGAUGGUCAAUGGUGUAGAAAUACUUCCUGACACACUCCUGGACCUGAGGCUUUAUACCUUACAUCAUAAUAAGAAAACAUGGGGGGAUGAUGCCAUGGAAUUCAAGCCAGAGAGAUUCUUAACAAAAGAGGUCCAGCAGCUUGAUCCAUUUGCCUAUGUGCCUUUUUCUGCUGGGUCUAGAAAUUGCAUAGGAAAGAACUUUGCUCUGAAUGAGCUGAAGGUCAUUACAGCUAGGCUUAUCCACAAGUUUCGAUUUGAAAUUGAUGAGGACAAUCAACCAAUUUACAAACCAGAGAUUGUUAUGAGGUCAGAGAAUGGCUUUCAUUUAUUUAUUCAUUCAGCAAAUUAAACCACACGUCAAAAGUAUAAGGAACAUGUCUCGUAGAUUUACUUUGAAAACUUUUUGAAUCAAAAUGUGUAUAGUUGGACCAUAGGACAGGAUAUCAGCCAGGAUUAUUUGUUCGUUCAGUACUUAUCUGAUGUGCUGGAAUAGCUACAGUGUAAUACUGCACUGACAAUCAUAUUGUCUGAGACCAUUCACUUAGGAACAUCGACUAAGGCAAGGGUAAAUAAAUUAAAGGUUUCUGAAUUAUAUGUGUAUGAUUUUAGCACAGAUUAUCCAUUUUGAGAGAAAAAUAAGUGUAAUCUACAUGUGGCAUACUCAGCUAAAUCAGUGUUUUUCCUUCAGUCAAAAGGGAACUGGUCAUAUACAUCAAGGUUUGUAAUAUGUUGAUGGAUCAAAAUAAUCUGUGUAUGAUAGGAAAGAAGGUUCAUCCUUCCGACCUUCCACCGAAGGAAAUUAUGUUAACUUUGAGAUAUUUAUAAGAAUAGCAUUUCAUACAAUGGUUUACUUCUUCGGAACAAACUUGAUGUGUUUGUAUUAAUUGUGCAUACUAGUAUUGUAAAUAAUUGUAAAUUAUCACUGCGCCUCUAGGAAGACCAGUUUUUGUACAAAUAGAGCUGCAUGGAAUAAAAGUGUUUGAAUAACAUAGAAUUGAAUUACUA